AGUGAGGUGGUCUCUACCACCUGUGCGGGGUGUUAGUGUGCGUGUCUCGUGUGCUCGGUUGAUGGAAUAGUUCUUGGUUUUCAUUCCUCACUUUUGUAAACAUGGAUAGCCCCUCGGGGUCUUCUGGUUUUGAUAGAAGUGAGAUGCAUCCUCCAGUGCCUGCGCCCAGAUACAAGAGGAAAUUGAUUACUAAUGAAGAUUCCAAACAUUCACCUAACACAGAGAAUACUAUGGAAGUGUUGCCACCACCGAGGAGAAAACGCAAACCCCAAAAAAUAGACAAAACAUUUCCAAACAAACAUUUAGAAACAAACUUGAAACAUGAUUAUCAUACCCUUGAAGGGGUUCAAAUAAUCAGUGAUGACAAAGAAAAAUCUCCUACUGCUGGCAAAAUGUUUCUUGAAACUCAUUUUGACAUGAACAACUCAAAAGAUUCAAACAUAGAAUGUAGCAACACGUCUGAGAUGACUGACGCUUUUAGAGAGAUAGUAGAUAGCUCUAUUUUGAAGCAUUUUAUAAAUAACAGGGUAUUAGAUAUCCCUUUAGGAAAAGAAGAGAAUUUUAGCUUUAUCUGCGAUGAAGAAUCAACUCAGAAUAUCAGUGUAGACCCCAAUGAAGAAAACAGGGUAAAUAGUAGUUUAACGGAGAAUUCUGCAACCAUAGUAGGUGUAUUUUAUAAGCCAGAGUAUACUUUAAUGAAUCAGUUAGAUAGAGACAACCCUAUAAACCAUAAUAUAAGUGGCGAUUCUGAUCCCAUUGUUUGGUCUAGUUUUUUUAACCAAGAGAAAAAUGUGCCUGCUAAUGAUUCUGAGAGAAAUUUUCAAAUUAACAAAAAAGAUUCAGAGGAAGAUGAUAGUGGAGUGUACUUUUCAGACACGAAAUCCCCACCUUGCAAAACAAACGAUGCGGAGAUUAAGCAGAAAAGUGUAAACGAAGAUGAUUUGUCAAGUAACCUUCCUUCUUCCAAACCUUUUACCAGUAAUGAUCGUGAUACAUUUGACAAUAACCAAUCGGACCUUGGGCCAAAUAUGUAUAAUCAAGUUUUGGACAGCUUUGAGGCUCAUACAGUCAGUGCUUUUAGAGAGGAAGUAACCGGACGGUUAUCUAUGUGCGGCGAAAUAAGUAAAAGCCAGGCCGUAGAAAGUUGGCUGGACAAUGGAGGGUAUGUAUCGAAGAAAAAGGUAAUAAACAGUAACUUUUCUGAUUACUUGAGAAACAUGCUGGAAGUCGAAGAAAGCGAGAGAAGUCUCUCACCAUAUCCGUUGAGCACAGUCGACGAAAGUUCCGAUGUAUCUGAAAGAGGCGCUGAAGAGGACGAGUCGGUUACACAAGAAGCCUGUGCAGUUCCCCAUAAUCUAAGCGAAACACAUGAGAAUAGAAAUGUAGAGUCUAGUGAUAAAUAUUUAACCUCUUCUGUCGAUACAAAUGUUGUACAUAUUGUAAAUAGUAAGUGUACAGAAGUUACCCCAUGUAAAUUGAUAAGUAAGAGUGUUAUGGAAAGUUCAAAGGGUAUUGAGAGCAUUGAUACGACAUUUUCUAUUUGUAAGUUGACAAGUGAGAAUAAUCUAAAUCAUAAUUACUUUUUCAAAGAGGCUAGCCUUCCUGAGUCCGUUUCUCCAUCUAUUGAACAUGGUGCUGUAAACAAACUUAUCAGUUUCUUUGAGACUAUUCACACAGAGGAUGACUUGGCCGAAGAAAACGUGUCUGAUUGUGAAGAUACACUUUCUGAAACUCAAAAUUCAGACAUAAUUGGACAAAUUGCAGAGAGCCAUGGUGUCAAUGAAACUAAUUCUAUUGACUUAAAUUUUAACUGUGUGGUUUUUGAGGGGCCUGAGGAAGAUUUAAGAAAAGAAAAAAAGGAUGAAGAACUUUCAAUCCUCAAAAGUAUUAUUGAAGAAAAUACCUAUGAAAAUAUUGAGAGUAAUUUUUUUUCAAAUGAAGCAAGUAUAACAUUUAAACCUUCCAGCCAAUGUAAGGAUGAUGAAAACCAUGCAAAUCACGACACUAGUAAAAUAAACUAUGAAUAUUUAAUUCACCAAUCAUGUGAGGGUCCUAAAAAGGAACCUGUGAACGGCCUAGAUAAAAAUUUUGAAUUACCAAGAAUGUUAUGCGAGAAUGGAAAAAAAUCAAGAAUGGCAAGAAACCUUAUACAAGUAGAAGAAAUCAGCCCACCAAUUGAAUUUUCUGAUGAUAAAGAAGUGUCAGCAAUAUUUAGUGAAAAUGAAACCACAGUAGAAAACAGUGAAGUUCCUAAUUUAAAUAGUUCAACCAAAGAUCUGCCCGACAGAGAUGAAACAGUCUGCCCUUUGAAGCGAACAAGAAUUCCCAUCGUGGUACUGACAGAAGCUGACACUGCAUCAUCUCCUAUUGGGUCCAUCGAGUUGCAUCCUCAGGACUGUUCAUCUGAAGAUAAUGACACUAGAGACAUGGCAGAAGUGAGUGAGGAAAGUUCUUUGAAGGAGGAGAUACAUUUUGCUGCUGAUGAACAAUGGUGUUUAGAGGGAAAUGAGUCUCUCCAAAAUACUAUCACUGUAGUACUAGAAAAGAACUGGGGUUCAAUAGGACUAAAAAUAAAGGGAGACAAAGAUGGCGUGGUCGUCAGUGACAUUCUAGUAGGAGGAGCAGCUGACCUAAGUGGACUUGUCUUUCAAGGUGACCGACUGGUGGGUGUGAACGGGUCGGUGGUUCGAUCACCUCGCGAGGCCGAAGAAAAGCUCCGCCACUCCCCAGACAUCGUUCACCUGCAGCUGCGGAGACCCGAUGGCAACCGGUCACUGCCUCGGCGCCGCCUAGAGGAGAUGGGCUCCAACGUGAGCCGGCACUCGGGCAAGGGACUCACCGGGAGGCGGAGUCAAAGUUCCGGAAACCUCUGUAACGGCAAGUCCCAUGGAGUCUCCAAGUUCUUCUCGCCGUGCGGAGGUGACGUGGCUCCGCGGGACCGCUACAAGUUCUGCGGGUCCCUACCGAACCAUCUGGACUCCAACGAGGAAGCGGAGUAUAGGAACAACAACAAUGUUAAGGAAAACGUGGUGCUGAGGCUACAGCCGCUGGUGCCCAAAGGGGAAGCUCUUCCUCUGGACCAGGGGUAUGGUUCUGAGAGAUCUCCUGAAGACGAGGUACCGCCGGACUUGCCCCCACCAACCACGGUCAACCAGCUUACCUGUCCUGUCCACCACCCUGCUGCCAAGCCGGUCUACCCCUUCCUGCAUAAAAACUCAACGUUCACAGUGACGUUGCUGAAGACUACACGAGGGCUGGGGCUCAGUGUGACGGGGGGUGUGGACACUGAGGAGCCAUGGCCGGGGCUCAUACGCAUCAAGCGGUUGUUCCCUCACCAGCCCGCAUGGCAGAGUGGUCAACUGGCGCAGGGAGACUUUCUACUGGUGGUCAACAACACUUCUCUGGUUGGCCUUACCAACUAUGAAGCCCUGGAGGUGCUGAGAACUACCCCCGCCGAGGUGGUGCUGACUGUGUGCCGCCCCCCGCCAGAACUGCAAGUGCUAAAUGCCCCUACACCAGCUGACAAUGCCCUUGCGCCACCACCUCCACGCAGAGACAAUGCACCUUCAACCUCCUCCUCUAGUCUACAGUUACCCCUCAAACGCAUGGAGUCCUUUGGGGAAUUUGAAUUGACGCUUAAAAAAGUAAACGGCAGCCUUGGUUUUACUCUGCGGAAGGAAGAUGAGAGUAUUCUUGGCCAUUACGUGAGAGCGUUGGUCCGAGAACCUGCGUUGUCUGAUGGACGAAUCAAGCCUGGAGACAAGAUAGUGGCUGUGAAUGGUGUAGACAUGUCGCCAAUGUCACAUGAGGAGGCAGUGACGUUUCUACGCCAGUGUGGCCAAGAGGUUCAUCUGAGGUUGUACAGAGAUGCAGUUCAGACUCCUGUACAGGCCUUGUCGCCAACGGAGCAUCACCGCACCAUCAAACCAAUCCUUAGGAAAGAAGCGCAAGACAUGCUCAGUGAUUUAGCAGUUAAGAAGUCAAUGUCACCAAAUGAAUCCAGUGGCUCAAGCACUCUGAGUAGAGAGGGCAGAACGUCAUCACCUCGGAAAAGAAGACUGACAAAAACUCCGUCCCCAGAUCUUAGAGGAGAGAGACUAGACAACCACCUAUCUUGGUCAGAUGAAGUAUUGGAAAGGAUAUCACCAAGCAGUGACAGUGACAAGCCAAGAAGACCAGACACCUUGAACUUUGGAGCUGAGAGGAAACCGCAUUUCCAAUUUUCUGCAGUCAGUAAAACUGAAGAAAAUCUGGCAUCUCUAGACAGCCUGGAUGGUAGCAGUAUAGGAGACCUGGGGGUUGGCCCUCUACCCUCAGAACCUGUCAGUAUGCCUCCUCUAUUGACAUCAACCUCAGACACCACCAUCGGCUUCUCCUACCGCAACCCCGCGUAUCGGUCGGCCAACCCUGCGCCGUCAAAAUCGAAAUCUUCACUGUCAGAGGACCUGCCAGAAAACCGAUGCUCUGACAAUGACCUGACGACAAGUGCAGGAGGGGAAGAAGGAGGAGACGGCAGCAAGGGACUGCUCAAGUGGAAGGGGGUUGUGUUCACACCAGACGACGGGACGGAAACUGCUACCGCUACUUCACCUGACGACUCCAUCAGUCAAAUAACAGAGGUGGAUGGGAAAGAAAACCAGGUACUGGUGGUAGAGUUAAACCGGGGCUGGAACAGUAGGCUGGGGUUCAGCUUACAACAAUCAGGGCGAGACACGCUUAUCAGUGCGAUCCAUCCAGACAGUGUCGCCUCACGAGACGGACGCCUCAAAGUCGGAGACCAGCUGAUCAUGGUUAACGAUGAAAGCAUUGAAGGGAUGUCCACGGCUGAAGUCAUUGAUCUUCUCCGAAAGAUCAGAGGCAGCAUUUGUAUCACCGUUUGGCGGAAACCAUCUUAAGACAAUCAUCUACUCUCUACAAUGACUCCCAUCAUUUGAUUGCCUUACUAUGAGUUUAAAAGAUUCCUAAAGAUUGUAUAAUGUAUUUAAUCUAAUUUUCCACUAUAUCAAUAAAAAAUAUAUUUAUAAAUCCUCGUCGAUGGCAUUUUGUUGUCUGAGAAUGACUGACUAUGAAUCAAAUGUUUUGUAGAAUAGUUAUAGGCUAUGUUUUUGUUUGAAUUAUUGUAUGUUUUGUUAUUUAUUUGUGUGCAAAACAUUGAUGCGCAUUACAAUUUGUUAAACAAAUUUAUAAAAACAACCCACAAUUUGAAAUAUUUUUAAGAGUUCAUAUUUUGUUGUAAAAAUGUGUUUACAAGUCAAUUGAAGUUUGUAUGAGCUCAUAGACAUUCUGAAUAUUUACUUUAUUAAGUUUUUGAGUGUUUAAAAUUAAAUUUUUCAAAUUUUACCUUGUAAAAAUAUAAAAUUAUAUCUCAUAUGUAGUGGAGACCAGAAAUUACUAGCUUAUGAUAAAUUCAAUUUACAAAGCUCCCUAGUCAAAUGUAUCUACCACCAAUUGCAAAACGUUGUGUAACUUUGUAUAUAAAACAAAGUAACCAAUAAAUAAUUUUAUUUAUUUA